AUGGAUUUCAAUGGCGCUGAACGUUACGCUAAAUAUGGAACGUUUAGUGUGGCUGAUGAAUCAGACAAAUACAGAUUGAAUAUUGGCAGUUAUUCAGGUAACGAAGUUGAUUCUCUUGCUUAUCACAAUCAAAUGCAGUUCACUACCAAGGAUAGUGACAAUGAUGCUGACGGUAAUAAUUGUGCUACGAGAUACAAAGGAGCUUGGUGGUACAAACAUUGUUAUCGGUCUAACCUGAAUGGCCUGUACCUUGGUGCAGGUCAGACUGGUAGCAGCGGAAUAAUAUGGGGCAGCUUGCACUAUAUUCCUGAGAAAGAAACAGAGAUGAAAAUUCGUCCAAACCUGUUCUAA